GUUCCCAGCCUGAGAGACACCCAGGGCAACUGAAAGGAAGUCAUUCUGCGAAGGCAUAAGAACGCAGAAAAUAUAAACAGAUGAUCCUUUAAGAAAAGCUGAACAGCAACAGGGGAUGUAAAAGAUGUGGGCUGUUCCAAAGAUAUGAUUCAGGCUUUGUCAAACUGGAAAGAAAACGACAUCUACAAGUGUUAGUGUCAGCAGAAUUUUAAUAUGAUCAAGAUGGAGACGGUCUUUCGGCUGUUACAGUUCUGGAUUUGUCCAACUCUGGAGACUUUACAGGAAAAGUAACUGCAGCAACUGCCAUAAAAUAUAGAAAUGUGGAUAUGUAAAUGGAGUAGGUUUGCUUUAAUUAAUCGAUGAGGUUUAUGUUUGUGGAAAGAAUCUAUCCCAUCUUCUGCUUUGCUGUUCGAUGAGCAGGAACCACAUCCACUGGUGCUUUGUCUUUCAUACUUUUCCAUGGAAUACAUGCAAAUGUCUGUUAAAGAGACUGUGGCUACUAGAAAGAAAAGCUGGGAAGAACAUGUUACUCCCUGGACCCGAGUACAAUACAGUUUUGAUGAUUUAGAUCUAAUUUGUUGUCAUGGAAUUUACAAUCAUGACUUAAAAAGCAAUAUGAGAUCAAAUGACUUGGCAAAAGCAGGUAGAAGGGAAAGAUGUGCAUCUUUACCAGAAUGCUAUGAUGAGUCACUUGCUGUGCGAUAUUCUUUCAAUAAACUGAGUGUGAAGACUAAAGAAGUUGAUGAAAAUGCUAAUCAUUCUGAAGAUGCACACCUUAUAUCUUUUGAUGGCAGCACAGAAACAUUAGUUCCACAUACUGAUGACAAUUCAGAUGUGACCAUAAAGGAAAUGAAACACAUGGAAGGUCAUCAGCAUGAUUGUCAGGGUGCAAGUUCCCUGAAUGGUGCAGUAAUUAAAAAUGACUCAGCCACUUUGAACAAAGUAGAAAAUGAGGAACACUGUGAAAGUGGAAUUGGUUCUCACCAAAUCAUGGAGGAGGCAAUAAAUGACAGGAAUGAGGAAAAUGGAAUAGGACACCAGGAUCAUUUGAGACAAAUAAUGGAUAAAACAAUACAUGGUAAUUCUGAUGGCGGAAAGGAAAAAGACACCAAUGACUAUUCAAAUGGAAUUUGCGAAACAACAGAAACUGCAAAAGAUCCUGAAACACUGGAAAAAAAUUCCAUCAAAGAAAGUAUAUGUAAAAUAUUAGAAGAUGAGAGUGAUUGUUGCAGAACAUUAAAUAAAGAUUAUGAGCCCAAAGUCUUAGAAUGUCUGAGGAACAAGGAACAAGUUGAUUUAUUCUCUAAAGAAAAUAGCAAGCCUCACUCAGAUCUGGAAAUAAAUUUGCAGAAUGACAGCAGUACUAUGGUCUUAAAUGAGCACCCAAAGGAAAAUAAUUUUCAUGAAGUCAUAAACAAUGAAAAUGUCCACAAAUCCCCUGUCAAACUACGGAAAAGAAAGGAGGUCAAAGACGACAGAAGUCGGUCUCGGUUAGAUUCCAUGGUGCUGCUGAUAAUGAAACUGGAGCAGCUUGACAAGGAUAUAGAAAAUGCUCUUAGUACAACUUCAUCAACCUCAAACACCCCCAAUCUGAAAAGAAGACCUGUGCCAGAGGUAGAAUUUGAGAGAGACAAAAAUGCAGCCUUUGUACCUGAGAGCCCCAGCUCAGUAACACUUCCUCAGCUUGUUUGCUCAACACUCGCAUCAACAACUUCCAGACCUAUGCUUGCUUCAGUUCAGAGAAAUGUGAAUAUGUCUAUCAUAUCAGGAAAAGAGAAGGCUGGGCUGGAAUGUCCAACAACAAAAGGCAACAAGAAGCACAAAGAAAGAGGGAUGUAAGGCAUACCUGUUGAAGUGCAUGAUGCAAUCGACACAGAUGGACUUACCAUCAUGCCAUAAAGUCUGUUUUAAUAAACACAUAUUUUGCUAUACUAGUAAACAAUAAUUGAUGAGAUCAAUUAUAAAAUAAAUUAAAAAAUAUAUAAAUAAUAAAGAGAACUGAAAAAUAACACUGGCCUGAAACCAAAAAAAAAAAUCUCUCUUGUCAAAAUUUUGAGGUUCCCUUAUAGAUUCAAGGGUGUGGAAUCCAAAUCUGGCAGCAGAAGAUAAGAGAGGAAAAAAAAAACAAUAUAUUUUUAAAAUGAAUUAUUUAGACUUAAAAUAAUCAUAAUAUUACACAUGUAAUUGUAAUAUGAUUUAAUAUAUUUGUUUA